UCACAGUUAUCCAAAAGUGUUUCCACGUGAGUUAGUGGAAACAUGGCGCCGACACAAGCACCAGAGAUCCAGUUCGCCCAAAGAUUGGCCUCUAACGAGAAGCCAAUGCGAACAAAGGCUAUCAAGAAGCUAAAAAAAUAUAUUACCGUUAGGUCACAAGCAAUCGAUGGUGGGUUCUCCAGCGAUGAGUUACUCAAGUUAUGGAAGGGCCUCUUUUAUUGUCUGUGGAUGCAGGACAAGUUACUACUUCAGGAGGAGCUGUCAAAUCAGAUCUCUGGUCUCAUUCACUGCUUCCAGAAUGUUCAAACCCAAUUUUUGUUUCUGGAGACUUUCCUGCAGACAAUGAAAAGAGAAUGGACUGGCAUUGACAGACUUCGUAUGGAUAAGUUUUUCCAGCUGGUUCGUUUCGUGUUCCGGAAAACAUUGGAAAUGAUGAAGAGCAAAGAAUGGGAGACCAGUUUGGUGACCAGGUUCCUGGAUGUCCUGUCAUCCCAGGUUCUCCACAGUACCAGUGGAGCACCUGCUGGGUUGCAGUUCCACAUAAUGGACCUCUACAUGUCAGAGCUGGCUGCAGUCGGAUCUGCUGAGCUCACAGCAGCUCAGAACCUGACAUUCAUUGACCCGUUCUGCAAAAUAGCAUCCAAGACCAAAGACCGGAUCCUGCUUAAGGCUAUCUGCAGCAGUAUCUUCAGCGUCAUUGUGGACCAAGCUCCUUUCGCCAUUGAAGACCUGAUGAAGGAGGUGAAGGCUUCAGGUGUGGGUGUAGAUGACUCUGACUCAGGACAGGCUUCUGAAGAAGAAGAGGAAGAAAAGGUGAAGACUCUGAAGGGCAAAAAACCUGCAAAGAAAACCACUCUGAAGCAGUCCAGUGGCACGUUAUCAACAGAUUAUGAUGAGAAUUUGGAUGAAGAGGAAGAUGAAAUGCUUCACCUGGAGAGUGAUUCUGAGUCUGAGAUGCUGGAUGAUAAGGAAGUGGGACCCGUUCUCCAGUUUGACUACUCUGCCUUGGCUGACAGGCUGUUUGGGUUAGCCAGCCGCAGCAACACCUCCAGUCACAACAGACAGAGACUCUACAAAGUCAUCAAGAUUUUCCGUGAUCUCAGUGAAGGAGUCUUCCCACAGGACGAGUACCCUGAGGAAGUGUCAACGGACGAGGAUGAUGAUGAAAUGUUUGGCAGCAGGAAAAGGAUGAAGAGAGGAAGAGGCUUUGGGGAGGAAGAGGAGGCGGAAGGGAGCACUCCAGCCAAGAAACAGAGAGGGAAGAAGGCUGCAAAACCAGGAAAGUCUGACCAGAGUGUGGCACCAGACGAGAGCAAAGCAGCAGAGGCCCCCAGUGACACUACCACUAAGAAGAAGAAGAGAAGGAAGAAGAAAAAGAAGACCACAACUGUGGGAGAGGUGAAAAGUGAAGAGCAGAACGGGGUGUUGAAGGCUGAGGUGGACACAACUCCUGCCACAGCACCACAAACAACGACAUGUUCUGAGGAAGCUACAGGAGCAAGGACAGAGCCCUCUACCCUAAAAUGCUCUCCUGAGGUUGGAAAGGCCACGGUAAAGACUGAAACUGGCAAGGGCACUGACGCAGGAGAGAAGAUGAAACGAAAGGCUGUCCUGGACAGCAAGGCCUCUCCUGUUGGGGGCACGGCCAUUAAGAUGGAUGCCCAAUCAGAACGUCAACAGGACGUGGUGGUGGGGAGCGGUUCAUCAGUCACGGUCAUGGAGAUUGGUUCUUCUGGCCUAUCGGAGACACCGGUGUCAGACACCAAGUCGACCAAGAAAAAAAAGACCAACAAAGCUAAAACAUCCAAACAGCAGGUAGAGGUAGUAGAAACAGAGACUGUUACCCAGGAUUCAGAGGCUGUGGACGGGGCAACAGGACAAGAGAGCGCCCCUGAGACCACCAGAAAAACCAGGAAGAGAAGGAGGAAGAGUGCCAAUAAGGAGUCUGUACAAAAGACGACAGUAGAGGAGGUGCAGAUGGUGCCAGUAGCAGUGGAAAAGGUCCCCCCACUGAAGACUAAGAUGAAGGCUAAACAGACUGCAGGGAGCACAGAGAAAAACGCAGCCCAAACCGAUGUGACCCCAUCAGCGGUUCCUGAACUGAAGAUCUCACAAGCCAAGGUGCCUCCGUCAGAGAUUAGCUUGGCUGCCGCCACUCCGCUGAAAAAGAAGAAACAGAAGGUGGCCAGUGAGGAAAAGGAAAGUGUCGAGAUCAAGGGUGAAGCACAGCCAGGAACCAAAGCAGAUGUUAUAACUGUGUCGUCGCCUGCAGAUGUCGCCACGCCGACCCCUCUCAAGAAGAAAAAGACGGCCAAGGCUGAAAAACAGAGCGUUGCGGUUGGGGGGAGAACACAGAUGGAAGCAGACCUCUCACUUUUAGAAACUGAUCUGCAGCCGAUGGAGGUCGCCACCCCAACACCACUGAAGAAGAAAAAGAAGGCAGCAGUGCAAGUCUUCAAGGAGCAGGACUCAGAGGUUGUGACGGAGGCAGACCUGGACACACCCGCGAAGACUGGGAAGAAGAAGCGUAAGAUCCCAGUUGUAAUCGAGGUGGAAGCUGACGAACUGGAGGCGGAGGCUGCCAGAGUCAACGGGUUGGCAGAAGUCAAGAAAGUCAAACUGACUGAUGAGAGCAAAGAGCCAUCCACACCAGUGAGCGCCAAGAAACCCAAGAAGAUGACACCUAAGAAGGCUAAGCUUGCGGCAGGGUCUGACUUCGUCACGUUCCAGAACCAUGCCACCAUACCUACACCCCUCUUUUUCAGGACAACCAAGGGAAGCCCCAGCACACCACUGUCCAGCAAGAAGAAGAAGAAGUGUCAGACUCCCAACUCUGAAUCCAAGAAGGUUACCUUUGGACUCAGUAAAAACAAAACAGCAGAAUUCAGGAAGACUGAUCGCAGCCUGCUGGUGAGUCCAGAGGGGUCAUCCCGAGUGCCCUUUGACCCCAAGCAGAAACCACUUUUUGGGGUCCUGAAGUCCCCAGCGGCCUCUCUUAACAGUACCAAGAAGAUGAAGAGCACCCCUAAAGUCACCCCCAAACGGCCCACUGCUGCUGACUUUUUUUAGUUCUCAAUAAGACAUCCCACCUCAGUCCCCCUGAUUCACCCCCAUUAUGAACUGUAUAACCGCAGUCUUUGAAUCCUCAUUGGGAAGAGAUUAUUAUUGACAAAUGUUUUUGUAAUAUUUCUCAUUUUCUAUGUUCGUUUGCUGUUCUGUGGGUGGGCGAGUGUUUAAUUAAAGACUGUCUUGUUUUAGUUA